ACUCGUCGGCAUUUCAUGAUGUCCAGGUUGGUCCAAGUCUGCGUCGAACAAGUGGAGGUCAAACUCAGUCAAUACAACGUUGAUGGAAAACUUGCACAUGAGGUUUUCAACCGUCAGAUGAUGGAAACAGCAAUCGCAAUUGGAGGUGAUGAUCAAUCUCAUGGCAAGCAGCUCGUCGCCACCAGCAAGCACAAGUUCUUCAGUGGUAUAUCUAGAGGGUUUCUGCACUUACAAGAUGUUUACAGCCCAUCUGAUUCCAAUCCUCGGUUCCAAGUUACAAUCGUCACAUAGCAACCACAAUGGCACAGACAGUAAACGUUCAGUACGUCAACGACUUCGCGGCCCUUCCGUCAACAGCUCCUCCUGAUCACGCCCAUGUCGUCGACAUCGCCACGUUCAGGCCCUCUGAUGGCAACGUCAAAUCCAACGUCAAGCUCCAGGAUGCCGUCGUCACCAUGCUCUACCAAAUCUCCCCCGAUACUCUCAGCAAGUUCUUGAAUUCUGGCACUAGAUCUUUCAGGCUAGUUAAUCAGAGCGCUCAUAACAUUGCGGAGAAACUGGUCAUCAUCAAGAAAGGCAACGAAGUUCUGGCAAGUGAAUCAUAUACUGAUCAUACCGGACCUCCGCUCAGGGUAUUUGAGUUCGACAAUCUCGCUCGUAUGAGAGUCGAUCAGAGCGGUAAGUGGACAAUCACUUAUGGAUCAUACGGCGAGUACGUACGACGUGACUGGGACCAAUUGUGGAAUGGACAGUUUGUGGAUGUGGGCAUGUCGAUGAGGACCAUGGUUGCCAGCAAUGAUCGGGACAAGGCACACUUCGCAUUCUCCGUCGCCGAUUAUAUCCUCGCCAACUCUCUGUGGGAUGCCUCGUCCUUUAACUGGACCAUCACAGGUGUCUGAUUGAUAUGUCGGUGGUGCGCCUGGAGGAUUAGGUGUAGGUGGGUUUGUAGCAUUAUCUGGGUGACUUCGUAGAUGCGUUUACAUGGAGG